AUGAACACCCAAAACUUGAAGUUCGUUGUCGUGGUGGUGUGCCUAGCCGUGUGCAUCGGAACAACUUGGGGCGAUGUGCUCGAAAGCGCCAAAGACACUGCAAAGGACGCUAAGGACGCCGCCGCCCCAACGGUCAAAGCUGCCCAAGACACUGCCUCAUCAGCUGCCCAAUCUGCCAAGGAAGUUACCGCACCCGCUGUUAAUGCCGCCACUCCCACCGUCGAAGGUAUCGGCGAAAAGACCGAGUCUUUUGCUCAGUGGGCUUACAGUAAAAUUUCCGGUGGUUUGGGAUUGGAAAGAGAUGACAAGCCAAAAUCAAAAUGA